GCGGAGCGGGUCAAGCUUGGAGCCAGCUAGCGGUUAGCUGCGGCAGUACGGCUCGGGCCAUUAAAUCCUGUUUUCGUGCUUUCUGCGGUAGCGGUUAAUGUCUCCGACGUGGCCGAAAUAUCGUUGACAUAUGUCUGUAGUGUGAGGAAGCGACGGCGGAGGUUGAGUUGACUCUGAAGGGGAAGAUGUGCAAUGGAAUGAUAGAGUCAAUAUCAAAAGUCUUUUGUGCCCACACCUCAGCCACCAAAUGGUCCUUCCUGUUGCUGUUGGUACUGACUGUACUCUCCCCUGGGAAAGGGUCAGGAUGUGUGAGGCCAUACAUGGUCCAGAACAGCUGGGUAAACCUCACAGAAACCAACAGGGGCUCGUUCCCUGUGGGCACAGUAUUGCAGUACAGCUGUGACCCCGGCUACCUGCCAGAUGGACCCAGCAUCCUCACCUGCACCGCACUGGGGCGAUGGUCAUCUGAACCUCCUCAUUGUAUACGAAGUGGUGCAUGUCUACCCCUCUCUAAACCUGAGAACGGGGGCUACACGUGCCACCCAUCACCCUGUCGACUGUUUUCCCAUGGCACUGUGAUUGAGUUCUUCUGUAAUGAGGGCUUCGUUGUCAGCGGAGAUUAUAACUACUUGACCUGUCAGGAUGGAGAGUGGGACGCACCCAUGGAAGUCAGCUGUGUAAGCCAAGGCUGUAUAAGACCUUCUGUGGUCCAGCAUGGCUCUACUAAUCUGACAGACAGCAACAGGAGCUUGUUCCCGGUGGGCACAGUGCUACAAUACAGCUGUGAUCCUGGUUACGUGCCCGCAGGACCCAGCAUCCUCACCUGCACCUCAGUGGGGGAUUGGUCCUCUGAACCUCCUCGCUGUAUCCGCAGUGACAUUUGCCAGCCUCCGUACCAGCCUGAGAAUGGAGGCUACACCUGCCACCCUUCCCCGUGCAGACGACUUUCUCACGGCACUGUGAUUCAGUAUUUCUGUGAUGAAGGUUAUAUUCUGAAAGGCGACUAUAAUUUCCGGACCUGUCAGUAUGGGAAAUGGGACAGCCUAAUGCCGAUCAGCUGCCUAAUGGAGCAAGGUUGUAUAAGACCCUCCAUGGUACAGCACGGCUCUACUAAUCUGACAGGCACCAACAGGAGCUUGUUCCCCGUUGGCACAGUGCUGCAGUACAGCUGUGACCCUGGUUACGUGCUGGAUGGAAGCAGCAUCCUCACCUGCACCUCAGUGGGAGACUGGACAUCGGAAACUCCUCGCUGUAUCCGUAGCGACGUAUGCCAGACUCCAUAUCAGCCACCGAACGGAGGUUACACCUGCCAUCCCUCUCCAUGCAGAAGACUUACUCACGGCACUGUGAUUGAAUAUUUCUGUGAGGAGGGUUAUAUCCUGAAGGGAGACUAUAAAUACCUUACCUGUCAGUACGGAGAAUGGGACAGUCAGCUGAAGCUGAGCUGUGUCAUGGAGCAAGACCGAAAUCCAGCUUUGCCGUUAGGGAUGCCAGCCUUGUCCAUAGUGGCAUCCACAGCCAGCUCAGUGGCUCUGAUUCUGCUCCUGGUGGUCCUGUUUGUACUUCUGCAGCCCAAACUCAAGUCCUUCCAACGACGUGACCAAGGGGUGUCCGGACAGCCUGUGUCGAUCAUGGUGGAGGGAGUCCAGGUGACCCUGCCCUCAUACGAGGAAGCUGUGAGCAGUAACAGAGCCCCGGCCUCAGCCCUCAGCUCCGAGUCUCGAGUCCAGAUAGUGCUGUCCGAGGGUCAGUGUGCCACAGCGCCAGAGGCUGGCCCCUCUCGGCCUUCUUCCCUCAAACAGCAGCAGUCAGAGAUGGCUGUAGUCCACCCCGUACCAGCAUCCUCAUCCUCCUCAUCACCCUCAUCCUCCACCUGGGUUCUGGAUCAUGCAGGGGCUGCAGGGGGCACCUCAUCCUCAAUAAGAAGGCCGUCUGCAGGCAGCGACCAACACAGCCUGUCUCUAGACUCUGAGAUGGACUACUCCGAUGAUAUGCCGCUGCUGAAGGAGGCCUGAAUUAUACAGGAGACUCUUACCCAAGACAACCAGCUUUGCUACUGACCCGUACUGGCGAGCAGGAAUUUUUUCAACACAGCUGUCAACACAGAGAAGCCCUACUACAGAGGCUGAGUGAAGCUGUGGGACACUCAGAAUAAUUCAUCUGAUCAUCCCAAAGAAAAACAUGAAGGGGAUUCACAUGUACAUACAUACUUACAUUUUUAUAGGGUGUAAAUCUAUUAAUCUGUCAUCUCAAAGUCAAACGAAUUCCUGAGGGACUGCGUCUUUGUUGACAAAAAAAAAAUGUAUGGGAAAGAGUUGCAAGCUCAGUUUGGGAACUAAUAAUGUCAUCUGUGUCUUAUUUACUUUUCUUUUAUCACACAUCCCACCAUUCGAGGAACGCAAAUAUGCAUGAAGGCCAUGUUUAUUAGAUGGUUGUCCAAGUUAUGUAAGCUCACGCCAUUGUCCUCAAUCAUGACUCACAUCAUUCCACUUGUCACUGUAUAGUAUAAUGCUGCUUGUCUACCCAAGACUGAAUUGAGGGCCUGCAUUCAACACAUGUCAUCCCUCCAUCAGCCACGUAUCCAAAUACAUUUCUUCCUCAUACUCAUACCCUUUCCCCCAAUGGCCUUAGCUUUCCACUUCUAUGCACAGGUAUCUAUAAUAUGUGAAACACGGAAUCUUAAAAAUGAAUGUCAGUAAAAAACGCCUCCACUGCUUGGUGAUAUUGCGCGUGGCUUCGUCAGACACAUCACUCGUACACAGGAAAAUAUUAUCUUAAUUUAUUAAGGCUGCUUGGGAAAUUCCUCUUUCGAAGUCUAAAAGGGAAAUUUACUCGUGUAUUUAAUUUAUUUGUGCCCGGAACGCUGUUGAUCAGCCUUGGCUUUUUUUUUUCUUUUUUUGUUUUGAUGCUUCCACAGUUCAUGGAAAGAAAAAAAAAAAAAGGAGGUCUUUUUUUAUGUUGCAGCAUCAGUUUGAAUUCUACUUCAGGCACGUUCUUCUGUGACACUGUAAAAGAGUAUGUGUACAGUUUCGUGUGGUGUCAGUGUUCACUUUGUUCGACCGUCCAUUGAGUUUUCAUUUCGGACUGCGGAAUGGAUUUUUUUUUUUUAUUUUUCGUGAAGACAGUAUUUUAAUAUAUGUAAAAAGAUUUAAGUUAAGUUUUCUCUGUAUAUAUCAUGAGAUCAUUUUUGAUUAAAUAUUAUUUGAGGUGUU